GGCGGCAGCUCAUUUCCGCAUGGCAGGUCACUCCACUGUGUCGAGUGUCUGAAGCCGUUGCUGGCUUCUUACCGCCUGGCUUCAGUUUAAAUAUUAUAACCUCACGAUAGUUUAAUGUGUAUGGGGAAAUUAUCUGUUUUUCUUAAGCGAUCAAAUAUGGUCUGACUCGAACAAACGAGCUGUGGAAGAUAUCGUCCAUUGAAAGGUUUUUUCCAAGAGCUCAGAGUUCUUGCUGAGGACAACAGAGCCAUGAUGUGCAUCUGAAGACAUCUUGAUCACAUGGGCUCCUAUCCUGUGCUAACCCAAUGGUUUAAUCGCCAGGACUCAAAAUGAGCAUAAGCAGUGAUGAGGUCAAUUUCCUGGUUUACAGAUACCUGCAAGAGUCAGCUUAUUGAACUUCAUCUCCAUCCCAUUUUCCAAAUUACCCACACCUCCUUCAGGCUUCUCCCACUCAGCGUUCACCUUUGGCAUAGAGAGCCACAUCAGCCAGUCUAACAUCAAUGGAGCCCUGGUGCCCCCUGCUGCCCUCAUCUCCAUCAUCCAGAAGGGCCUGCAGUAUGUGGAGGCUGAAGUCAGCAUCAAUGAGGAUGGAACCUUAUUCGACGGACGGCCCAUCGAGUCGCUGUCUCUGAUUGACGCUGUAAUGCCAGAUGUAGUCCAGACCAGGCAGCAGGCCUACAGGGACAAGCUGGCUCAGCAGCAGGCGGCAGCAGGAAGUGGCAGCAGCACAGGCCCCCAGGGAAGUACCAAGAACGGGGAGGGAGCUGCCAACGGGGAGGAAAACGGAUCCCACGCCUUAGCCAAUCACCACUCAGAGAUGAUGGAGGUGGACAGAGACGUGGAGAUCCCCCAAAGUAAAGCCAUGGUUCUGAGGGGCCACGAAUCUGAAGUUUUUAUCUGUGCCUGGAACCCAGUGAAUGACCUCCUUGCCUCAGGGUCCGGGGACUCAACAGCACGGAUCUGGAACCUAAGUGAGAACAGCACAGGCGGAUCCACCCAGCUGGUUCUGAGGCACUGCAUAAGGGAAGGAGGCCAGGACGUACCAAGCAACAAAGACGUCACCUCACUGGACUGGAAUAGCGAGGGGACGUUGCUAGCUACAGGCUCAUAUGACGGCUUCGCUAGAAUAUGGACAAAAGACGGCAACCUGGCCAGCACCUUAGGUCAGCAUAAAGGUCCUAUAUUUGCACUCAAGUGGAAUAAGAAAGGAAACUUCAUCCUCAGUGCGGGUGUAGACAAGACCACGAUUAUUUGGGACGCCCACACGGGAGAGGCAAAGCAGCAGUUUCCUUUCCAUUCGGCUCCUGCGCUGGACGUGGACUGGCAGAGCAACAACACGUUUGCCUCUUGCAGCACAGACAUGUGCAUCCAUGUGUGUAAGCUCGGUCAGGACAGACCUGUCAAGACCUUCCAGGGACACACGAAUGAGGUGAACGCCAUCAAGUGGGAUCCCACUGGCAGUCUACUGGCUUCCUGCUCAGAUGACAUGACACUGAAGAUCUGGAGUAUGAAGCAGGACUCGUGUGUCCAUGACCUCCAGGCCCACAGUAAAGAAAUCUACACCAUCAAGUGGAGCCCCACAGGCCCUGGGACCAACAACCCCAGCGCCAACCUCAUGCUGGCCAGUGCAUCGUUUGACUCCACGGUGCGUCUCUGGGACGUGGAGCGUGGUGUGUGUAUCCACACACUGACCCGCCACCAGGAGCCUGUCUACAGCGUGGCCUUCAGCCCUGAUGGCAGGCACCUCGCCAGUGGCUCCUUUGACAAGUGUGUCCACAUCUGGAACACUCAGACUGGUGCUUUAGUUCACAGCUAUCGAGGGACAGGAGGGAUCUUCGAGGUUUGCUGGAACGCCACAGGGGACAAAGUAGGAGCCAGCGCGUCAGAUGGAUCAGUUUGUGUAUAGACCUGAGGAAAUGACACUCGCCUGGGGGAGCCAUGGACCGACUGCGAAUGUGUACAUAGCCAAAAUGACUGACUGUCCCUGCCUGUCCGCCACACUGCUGUAGUCCCAUCAGAUGCCAUGGCCAAUCCAACCCUCCCCCUCUCCACAUGUACACACAAGGACCACACCCUAACCACACACAGUUGUUGUGCACAUGCGUUCGACAUACGACAGGUGUGUUUGACAUGCAUGUCACUCGCACAGACCUGCAGGGAGAAACGUGUCUGUGAUGUCACUCUGUAUAAGCCCGUGGACCCAUCACAUUCAAACCAAAACACCAGGAUCCAUCCCGCUUUCCUCUUUUUACCCUUUGUACCAGAAUUCUACACAUUGGUGUUUCUGUUGGUGUGUGCAUAUUGCAUAUGUCAGCAUCUGGUGUCCUGUGGACAUUUUUGUUGAGUUUGGAUUCUUAUGAUCUCUGUUGGUUUGAUAUUUCAUGUUGGGUGGGGGAGAAAGGGAGGGGAGGGUGUGUUUGUUUUUUAGGAAACUGUUCAAUGGGAGAUCCAUUCAUCUACUUCUUGGCAUUCGUUAAGGUCAAAAAAAUAAGAUGUACAGCAGAGAAGAUAAAAUGGUUUAGAAUUACAGCAAUUCUAUUUAAUCCAAUAGAUUUGUUCCUUUCUCGCCAUUUCUAACAAAGUGUAAAGCAGUUCAUCAAAGGAGAGUGCUCCUUUGUUCUUGCAACUUUUAUCCUCAGAAAUUGUUUUUCAGGUUUUCACACUUCAUCAGGUUAACACAGUGCUCAAAAGAAUUUGAAAAAACCCUUCAGGCUGAAAGAUAAUCUGUGUUGCUGUUAAACACUGUGUGGAUCUCAUGUUCAUACCGCGUGCUGGGCAGAAAAACUUCAACGCUUCAGGUUUCUCUCACCGAGCUCACCCUGGAUCUGAACAAACAGGCGGCCAUGCUACAGUGUCAGCAGUGAGGUAACACAGCACAGGAAUAGACUUGACUUCUGCCGCCAGUCACAGCUUCUGGGACCUAUAGGAAAGAGAGAGAUUGAGAGAUGUAGGAAAUCAGGCCUGUGACGGCUCACAUCCAUCUAUGUAAACAAUACUGUUAAUUCUGCUCGUUUCCUCCAUUAAUGUCUUGUUACCAUCCAAUGCUGAAUGAUAAUCAGACUAAGUCUAUCUAAUUGUGUCCUGUUUCCCUUCCACUGUCAUUAAACAAGAGGACAUCAAAUGGAGCAUCACUUCCUCAGCAGGACGCAGGCUUUCUGAUGGCGCCUUGGCUAACAUUUUAACUUAAUGAUGAUACUCGAGGUCAUAUCACAGUUUGUUGAACAGUUUGCAGUUGGUUUUCAAAAUGUCUAGAUUUUGCUGUUACAUUUGCAGCUUUCAUGUCCAGCACUGAAUUUGGUGACACACUACAGUCCUUGCUGGGGUUGCUCUUUUUUUUAGGCAGACGAGGUCCAGCAAUGACACACACACAUGCACACACACAGUCACACACACAGUCACACACAUUCUCUGGAGAUGGCCUACAUUCAGGUCUAUGCACCCCACAGAGUGCGCUUUGGUUUGUGGUGUUCAGAGGUGGCGUUUUGAGGCAAGUCUGUUUCCUGUUUUAAGCAGCGUAUGACUUGACUAAUGCAUAUAAAAUAAAUAUAUAUAAAUAUAUAUCUGUGCUAUCACAGGGGAUUCUUUAAUAAGCCAUUCGGACACUAAGUGGGUUUUAAAGUUACUUUUCAAAAAACGCUUGAAACAGUGUGUGAUGUUUUGGAACAUCACCGGGGGCGCAGCCAUGAGGAAUGGUUUUUAUAAAAUACCAUUAAACAGUCAUAGAGAAAUAAAAAGCAGCCCUUUCAAAGGGUGUUUUCUGCUGCACUUUAGAUCGAAACAUGGGAACAGGGAGGUGUGUUUGUUAAAGCCGUCGUACACACAUUGGUUUAAAAUGCUCUUAAAGAUGAAUCAGAACUAAAGCAGAAAGUGUUCAGAGGUAAUAAAGGUCUACUCAAGCUUUUGUCAAAUCAAAAUCAAGCCAACUUCAUGGCAUUCCAGGUCUCAUCUCACCAACAGCUGGACACACACACAAACACACACACACACACGCACACACAUUUAUAUGUCACCGGACAUUUCAGAGGUCUCAUUCAGAAUGUUUGUUGUUUUAAAAAUUUUGUACUGAUGCUAAAGACUAUAUUUGAAGUUUGCUUUAAUACAGUCAGCAAUUAUUGGACUGUACCACAAAGACACUAUUUCAAUGAUGUCUAUGACAGUGGAAUGGUAUUUUAUAAUGUUUUGUUUUUAGACAAGAAGCUUUUUACACUGCAUUCAAGUGUUUGCUAUUUUUUGUUCCUACAAAAGUACUAACGUUCAUUCUAUCUUUGCUAUGUUGGAGAGUCCUUGAAGGUUUUGUACUUCUCAAAACUUUUGUAAUUUUGAUUUAUUUGUAGCUACAAACACCAAUUGAACAAAAAAAAGGUUAAAAAAAUGAUUUGAUUUCAUUGUUGAUGUAAAAUAACAGAACAUGUAAAUAUCAAUUUGCAGAUUUUUUUUUUUGUGUUGUCUUUGCCCUCACCUUUGUCUCUUUCGAUCUCACUCACAUGGUUGCAGCCUGCAGCCUCCUGAUCUGACUGUUGUAAUAUCACUCAGAUUUCAAGGUCUAGAAUAAAGUCUAUUUUGAUAAUACUAA